ACAAGAAAAAUUAACCUUGUGCGAUGGUUCGUCAGUUUCAUUAUCAGAGCAAAAUAUCAUAGAUAAGUACAAUUUCUCUGAAAUUUUCUCGAUUCUCGCAAAUCCGAAUGUGAUGCAGACAAUAAAAUAUUGCCAUUACCGACGAUGGUGCUAUAAAUCGUCCAAGUUUGAAAUACGAAUGUUCCUGGUUUGUGAAACCGAGACGUGAUAUCCUGUUCGAAUACCUGUUGACAUUCGGAUCCGAAUGAAGAGCUGAAGAAAAUCCGUUAAUCGCUCGUCGUUUUACUGUUCUCGUCGUUCAACGAAAAUGCUCCAGCUGUAAAGUGCACGCAUCGAGAAGACGUACAAACAUAGUCUCAAAAGAUGGCCAUGAUGAACGGUUUCAUUGGAAGUUUCAUUCCCGAAAUGGAACAGAUCAUCAGUCAGCUGGAACGAGGAACCAUAAUCACCAGGUUUUAUCCUCGAAAAAAACCCGAAAGGAAAACAUUAUCUAUUCGUCGUGAAACUAGACAGUUACUAUGGACUAGAACUGCUUCACGUUCUCACGAAGGAUCGAUUGAAAUGAGAGAAGUUAAAGAAAUACGAUUGGGUAAAUUUUCCAAAGAUUUCGACAAAUGGCCCGAGGAAUCGAAAAAAAUCGACAAUUUGAGGUGUUUCGUGAUAUUUUACGGAUCCGAAUUCAAAUUAAAAGUAUUCUCCGUGGCAGCUUUGUCGGAAAAAGAAUGCGAGCUGUGGUUAAGAGGAUUAGAGAAUUUAAUCUUGGACACGGUAAAUUCGCCGUUUCCUCUUCAAGUAGAACGUUGGCUAAGAAAAGAAUUUUACAAUAUGGAACCAAUGCGAGAAGUCGUUUCGAUGAAAGACAUCAAAUCGUUCUUACCGAGAGUCAACUGUAAAAUUUCUACGUCGAAGCUUCGCGAAUAUUUUCAAGAAGUAGAUACGAAAAAACGUAAUGAAAUUACAUUCGACGAAUUCGUAACUUUUUACCAAAAAUUAAUGUUCGAUGACAAUAUUUUCCAAGAUAUAUGUUCUCCAUUUUGUGACGGCAAUGAUACGAUCAGCGCUAAAGGAUUAACAAAAUUUCUGUUGGAAAUUCAAGGUGAAAGGAACAUAACCGAAAGACAAGUUGCUCGUCAUAUGAGAGAAUAUUUACAGGAUAAUCAAAGAGAUGUUCCCGACCCAUACUUCACCGUGACCGAAUUCAUGGACUUUUUAUUUUCAAGACAAAACGACAUUUGGGAUCAGCGGUACGACGAAGUUGUUCAAGAUAUGACCCGGCCAUUAUCUCAUUAUUGGAUUUCGAGCUCUCAUAACACGUACUUGACCGGCGAUCAGUUCUCGAGCGAAAGUUCGGUUGAAGCUUACGCGAGGUGCUUAAGACUAGGUUGUCGAUGUAUAGAACUGGAUUGUUGGGAUGGUCCGGAAGGAUUACCAAUCAUCUAUCACGGUCAUACGUUGACUACGAGAAUCAAAUUUAUGGACGUUAUUAAUACAAUCAAAGAGCACGCUUUCACAACAUCGCCGUAUCCGGUUAUUUUAUCUAUCGAAGAUAAUUGUUCGUUACAACAACAAAGAACCAUGGCGAACGCGAUGCAAGAAGUGUUCGGCGACCUAUUACUGACGCAGCCGGUCGAUAAAAAUGAAACAAAAUUACCAUCGCCCCAUCAGCUGAAGAAUAAAAUUAUUUUAAAGCAUAAAAAGUUACCCGAAGGCACCGAAGAAGAUUCGGUUUGUGUUCAGAGUGAAGACGAUAUGGAUUUAAGAAACACCGUCAGAAACGGAGUGUUAUAUUUACAAGAUCCCCUCGAGAAGCAGUGGAAUCCGCAUUUUUUUGUGCUGACGCGAAAUAAGUUGUAUUACACGGAAUGCGUUAACGGGCAAAAUGAUCUAGAAACUGAGGACGAUACGGACACCGAAAGCGAGAUCAGCACCUCUUCUUGUUCUAGCAGAGUCCGAGAAGGCAUACCAAACGACGAGUUACACUACGGCGAAGAAUGGUUUCACGGUAAAUUACCCGGUGGUCGUGACGAAGCCAAAGAUUUACUUCGACAUUACUCGCAUCUUGGAGAUGGUACAUUUUUAGUCAGAGAAAGCGAAACUUUUGUCGGCGAUUAUUCGUUAUCGUUUUGGCGUCAAGAUAAAGUCAAUCAUUGUCGUAUCAAAUCCAAGACGGAAAAAGGAAAAACCAAAUAUUUUCUUAUUGAAAGUGCCUGUUUCGACAGUUUAUACAAUUUAAUAGCGUACUACAGAAUGAAUUCUCUAAGAAGUCAAGAAUUCCAUAUAACUUUAAAAGAGCCAGUUCCUCAACCAAAGAAACACGAAGGCAAAGAAUGGUAUCUCUCACACGCAUCGCGAGCUCAUGCCGAAGAUUUAUUGAAAAAAGUGCCUCACGAUGGCGCUUUCCUAGUUCGACCUAGCGAUAAAGAACAAAAUACCUACGUCAUUUCGUUCAGAGCCGAAAAGAAUAUCAAACAUUGUCGUAUCAGAGUAGAUGGACGUUUGUACACUGUUGGCAGUAUGCAGUUCGAAAGUUUAGUGGACUUGAUCGGUUACUACGAAAAACAUCCUCUGUUCAAGAAAAUCAAAUUGUGGUAUCCCGUUAACGAAACCGUCGUGCAACGAAAUUUUCAGGGCUUUGACGAUGAUACGGUAUCAGGAACUCCAGGGUACAUGGAUCCAUCGUGCUUCAUCUCAAAGGUUACCGUAAAAGCGAUCUACGAUUACACAGCUUUACAUCCGGACGAAUUGUCAUUUUGUAAGCACGCGGUUAUUACGAACGUGGACAAACAAGAAGGUGGUUGGUGGCGUGGCGAUUACGGCGGUAAACAGCAACACUGGUUUCCUUCGAAUUACGUCGAAGAAAUCGAACCGCAACAAGAACGCGAAGAUUCGUCUGGUGAUUCGCAAGUGUUGGGCAGUCUUCAGAAAGGUAGCCUGGAUGUUAUGGGAGCGGUAGUGGAUAUCGUUAGCAGCGGAUUUUCCGAACUAGAUUCUCUUUUACGUAUACAGAAUCCGAACAUGUGUACUACUUUCGAAGUGGCCGCUGAAACGUACAACGAAGCUCAUCAAUGGAUGCAAAGUAUCAUCGAAACGGCGCAAAAUGCUAGCGCUAGGGAAAACCAUCAUAAAGAAAUGGAACGAGCUUGGAGAGUAGCCAAAGAAAUGUCUAAUUUGAUCAUAUAUUGUCGUUCGGUAACGUUCAACGUCGAACGAAUCAAACAAGCAAAUUAUAUUUAUAACGAAAUGUCUUCGUUUCCCGAAACGAAAGCUGAAAAGCUUAUGUGUCAGCAAGAAAGUAAAUUAUUCCUACGAUAUCACAAGUACCAAAUUAGUCGAGUUUAUCCGAAAGGACAAAGAAUAGAUUCGUCGAAUUACAAUCCGAUACCGAUGUGGAAUUACGGUAGUCAAAUGGUCGCUUUGAACUGGCAAACUCCCGACAAAGCGAUGCAAAUCAAUCAAGCCAAGUUCAUGUUCAACGGAAGUUGCGGAUACGUAUUGAAACCAGAUUGUAUGUUUCGCGAAAGUUUCGAUCCAGCAGAUGCGAGUACUUUGGGCAACGAUACGAAGAGUAAAUACGUUUUGUUGAAAAUAAUCGGCGCUCGUCACUUGGGUCGUUCUGGUCGCAGUACUACUAGUCCAUCAGUUGAAGUGGAAAUCUUAGGAGCCGAUUACGAUUCUGGAAUUAAACUCACCACGAGAACUAUUUCCGAUAAUGGAUUAAAUCCUAUUUGGAACGAAAGUUGCGAGUUCGAAGUGAGAUUUCCAGAUAUUGCGAUGAUUCGAUUUGUUGUUCAAGAUGAAGAUAUGUUUGGCGAUACGAAUUUCAUCGGCCAAGCUACUUAUCCGUUAACAUCCAUCAGAACGGGAUAUCGUAGCGUUCCGUUGAAAAACGGAUAUUCAGAAGACCUCGAAUUGUCUUCCCUUCUAGUCUACGUUUCAAUAAAAACCAUAGACAGAUUUCCGAACAGUAUUUCAUCAGGACAUCCGUUCAGUUUGAAAACCUACGGUAGAUCGAACGACCUUAAAACCUAUCCUCCUUUAAUGUAAUCGGUUCUCAUUUACAAUAACUUCAUAAGUUGAAUACAUUCUGAAACGAUGCUUAGCGAUAUCGUAUUCUGUAUUAAUAAUUAUUAGGCUGUAACUGUUUGUUUGAGACAUGUUAAAUUAUUUUUCUUUCGAGUUGUUCAUCAUUUUGCUCAAUUUUCGAGAAUUAAUACCGUUGAAUAUUACGUAGUGAGAUUUGUUUUAUACAUUCGAUUUUAUACUUUUUUAUUGUUAUUUUAUACCUGUAUUACCUAUUCGAUUAUCAAUUUAUUUUCAAAAUGGUGAAUAUUUGUUGUAUUUAGAAUUUGUAAAUAAGUUGUUUUUCAACGCGUACCUAUUUUAUAUACCUAUCUGCGAUUUUCCAUUUUUAAAUGUGUUUUGUGUACGUUUUUCAUAGGAGUAAAAAUUAAAGAAGCGAACUGCUGCCUUAGUCAAUUCAAUAUGGGCAUGAGCCGUCUGGGUACUAAAAUUAUUACAUACAACAAAUACCUUAGUACUCAUCACAGUCAUCUGGAGUAUUUGGUUCAUUUUUUACUCCCAAAAUACAGAAGACAAUAGGUACAUUGGAUAUUUUUUAUUCCAUAAUGCUAGGAUCAGUUUACAUAUAGUAUUAGUAUGUGCUUAUAAUUAUGUAAAUGUACGCGCCAAUACAGAAAAUGCGUGUCUUCCGUUUCUCCACCAUUUCCAUUUUAAUAUGUACUUCGGUAUAGUGUUGUUUGAUUUAUAUUUAUUUAAAAAUACAUAUUUUGUUGAAAA